UACCCCUUUAAAAAUUUCCAAAGUUGUAUAUCAAAACAACUAUUUUAAAUUUGGAAAAAAAAAACGACAUAUAUUAUAUAUAUUUCUUUCAUCCUAAAAAUCCACUAUGGAUCCUUCCUUUUUUUAUCAUUCCUCACAAGAAACCUCCUCAUUUGAGUACUCUUCUGAUUUACUAUGUAAUAAUGUACACAACAAUAAUCACCACUUUCUCCCUUUCAACGAAAAUGACUCCCAAGAGAUGCUACUCUUUGGAGUCAUUACCGACACAGUGAACCACAACCCGGUAUCAUACCCAACAAAACACACUAAAGAAGAAGAAGAAGAAGAGGGUUUCGAGCCAGAAAAGGAGUGCAGUUAUCGCGGAGUGAGGAGGCGGCCGUGGGGGAAGUAUGCAGCCGAGAUACGCGACUCCACACGAAACGGGGUUAGAGUAUGGUUGGGAACAUUUGACACCGCUGAAGAGGCUGCCCUGGCAUAUGAUCAAGCUGCGUUUGCUAUGCGUGGUCCGGCGGCGGUCCUUAAUUUCUCGGCUGAGGAAGUGUAUGAAUCAUUAAGGAAGAUGGAUUACAAGUAUGAGGAAGGGAGUUCUCCUGUUUUGGAACUAAAGAGGAAACACACAAUCCAGAGGAAAUCACUUGUGAAACAGAAGAAGAAAGAGAAGGAGGUUAAGGUUGAAAACGUUGUCGUUUUGGAGGAUUUGGGUGGGGAUUAUUUGGAAGAGUUAUUAGGGUUCUCUGAGAGCUGUAGCAGCAGUAGUUCUAGUUGGUGAAAAUUUGAAACAUUCCACACGCCGUAGACUUUUGUGUUACAACACGUACGUAUUUCUAGGUUCUACCUUCGAAAGAGGUUUCUUUUCUUGAACGGUGAAUUCACGACUUGAAUCCAAGACAUCAUACUUUAAGUAUUUUAAAAGGUUUUCCCUAAUAAAAGGGAGUUGAGAGUACGUGACGAUUUGUUAGAUAUGGACGGCUACAUAUAAAACAUUUCUAGCUAGCUAGUUUAUGAUUAUUUGUAUAUAUUUAAGUAACUUGGUAUGUGUGAUAUCUUAUAUUAUAAUAUAUCUAGU